AGAGACUGGAAGAGGGCAUUAAUAUGAAGGAACUAGGUCCUCCCGGUCCUUGUGAAGAUCUUUGGGGACAGAUGCCUCCCCCUCCUUGAAAUGGCCUUGUUCUUGCAGCUUUUCGUGGAAAGAUCUCUGGCUUGGAGCCCAUCUCUGGUCCCCGUUUGCUAUGUGACCUUGGGCGAGUCACUACCCUUCUCCGGGCCCCUGUUAGCCCUAAAGCUUCCUCCAACGCUAAAACUCUUAAUUUUGCAGAAAAGCUUAAGCAGUUACAAGACUGGCCCGUCUACUGAGGCCGCUUUGCCCAGAUGACGUGGAGUUGACCGAAACUUCUUUCUUCAAUCAUGGAUGGAAUGAAGCGACCUAUGUAUUGGGUCGUUUUUAUUAUUUUACCAUCGGUUUCAAAUUGCAUGUCUCAAGGCUCAUUAAUGUUUUCCUAAAAUUGUCAUGGGAUCCUUGUCCUAAUUCCUGGCCAUCUUUUUUAAAAUUAGAGACAGGCUGAGAAUUAGAGACAUGGUGAGCUUGUGGUAUCAUCAUCUCUGGUCUCGUAACUACUGAGGCUCUCUUUCCUUUGAUCCAGAUGGUGUGGUGGCUCGAUUCUCCCAGUGCCUGGCUGAGUUUCGGACGUGGUUAAGAACCAACUGGUUGAGGUUCAAUGCAGACAAGACGGAUGUGAUGCUGUAGAAAAUGUGCAUCAGAUGUUUAUGUUUAAUUGGUUUACAGACUGUCUGUGGACUCUUUUCCUGUCAAAUUACCAGCCAUCUGUUGAGUCUUCGAGUCCAGGAGGUUCAGCAACAUCAGAUGACCAUGAAUUUGAUCCAUCAGCUGACAUGCUGGUUCAUGAUUUUGAUGAUGAACGAACAUUAGAAGAGGAAGAAAUGAUGGAAGGAGAAACAAACUUCAGUUCUGAAAUAGAGGAUCUUGCAAGGGAAGGAGACAUGCCAAUUCAUGAACUUCUCAGUCUUUAUGGUUAUGAUAGUACUAUUCGACUACCUGAAGAAGAUGAGGAGGAGGAAGAAGAGGAAGAAGAAGGAGAAGAUGAUGAAGAUGCUGAUAAUGAUGAUAACAGUGGCUGUAGUGGGGAAAAUAAAGAAGAGAAUAUAAAGGACUCAUCAGGUCAAGAGGAUGAAACUCAGUCUUCCAAUGAUGAUCCGUCACAAUCUGUUGCUUCUCAAGAUGCCCAAGAAAUAAUCCGCCCACGUCGAUGUAAAUAUUUUGAUACUAAUAGCGAAAUAGAAGAAGAAUCUGAAGAAGAUGAAGAUUAUAUUCCAUCAGAAGACUGGAAAAAGGAGAUUAUGGUGGGCUCCAUGUUUCAAGCAGAGAUUCCAGUUGGCAUUUGUAGAUACAAAGAAAAUGAAAAAGUGUAUGAAAAUGAUGAUCAGCUCCUGUGGGACCCUGAGUACUUACCGGAAGAUAAAGUGAUUGUAUUUCUUAAGGAUGCAUCUAGAAGAACAGGUGAUGAGAAAGGUGUAGAAGCAAUUCCUGAAGGAUCUCACAUAAAAGACAAUGAACAGGCAUUAUAUGAGUUGGUUAAAUGCAAUUUUGACACAGAAGAAGCAUUGAGAAGAUUAAGAUUUAAUGUAAAAGCGGCUAGAGAGGAAUUAUCUGUUUGGACAGAAGAAGAGUGUAGAAAUUUUGAACAAGGGCUAAAGGCCUAUGGAAAGGAUUUUCAUUUGAUUCAGGCUAAUAAAGUUCGAACAAGGUCAGUUGGUGAAUGUGUAGCAUUCUAUUAUAUGUGGAAAAAAUCUGAACGUUACGAUUUCUUUGCUCAGCAAACACGGUUUGGAAAAAAGAAAUAUAAUCUUCAUCCUGGUGUAACGGAUUAUAUGGAUCGUCUUCUAGAUGAAAGUGAAAGUGCUGCCUCUAGUCGAGCACCGUCCCCUCCCCCAACUGCCUCAAACAGUAGUAACAGCCAGUCUGAGAAAGAAGAUGGCACUAUCAGCAAUAGUAAUCAGAAUGGGGUGUCAUCUAAUGGACCAGGUGAAAUGUUGAACAAAGAAGAAAUCAAAGUUGAAGGGUUACACGUUAAUGGACCAACAGGUGGAAAUAAGAGACCACUUCAUGCAGACAUGGAUACUAAUGGUUAUGAAACAGAUAACCUUACCACUGACCCAAAACUUGCCCAUAUGACUGCAAGAAAUGAAAAUGAUUUUGAUGAAAAAAGUGAGAGACCUGCCAAAAGGCGAAGGGUAAACAGCAAUGGAAAAGAAAGUCCCGGUUCUUCUGAAUUUUUCCAAGAAGCAAUGUCACAUGGGAAAUUUGAAGAACUUGAAAACACAGAUGACUAAAUUUUAGACUUGUUUUACUUUCUUUGGAGUAAAAUCUGGUGUGACUAAAAUUUUCAGGGUUGAUGGGUUACCUUAAAAAGUUGAUUUCCUUGAAGCAGUUGGUUAAAAUUUUGAAAAUUUGAAUUGAGUCCUAACUUUAGUAAGUUAAGAUUUCAUAAUUCUGCCCUUUGUAGACUUUUUACUUUAAAAGUGUAAAGACCCUGUUAAGGAUAAAACAAAUAGUUUAGUAAAUUUGAAUGAACUACAGAACUAUCUGUACCUUCUCAUUUGAUGUAUUAAUCUUAAAAGCUCACUACAGGUACUUUUUGCUUAGUUUUUGGUAGAGAAGAAAAAACCACAUUCAAAUUUCUGUUUAACACCAGUUUUUCUGAGUUUCUUGAGAUGUCUUUAUCUUUCACAAGAGACAUUUUUCUCUCCAUACAAAUUGAGUGUUAUUAUUAAGGAAACCCUUAUGAAUCCUGAAAGUUAUGCUAGCAUGAUUUUUUUAUAUAUAGAAGUUUAAAAAUAAACCAAGUCAGGUUUGUAUAUGUAAAAUUGUUGACAUCAAUGAUGUCUUUCCAUAUUCUUAUCUGGGCUUAAGAAAUACAUUCUGUAUUUUUCCAGAUUCUUUGUAGCCUUUGAAAGAUUUUUACAGUACAUAUGUCUUGACUGAGCUGUCCUUUCUUAAUACAAAAGCUUGUAUAAUUUUCUUAACUUGUACAGUUGGUAAACUUUUAUGAGAGGAAUUGAUAUUCUGAGUCUGUCAGCUUUCAUUUUAUUUUGCUAAGGUUUUUCUAAUGAAUUUUUAAGUGUUUGUGUAGUAACUAAGUCAUGUUUCUUAUACAGGUGGUAAAAGCAUUCAUAAAGGAUUGUGAAAAUUUGUUUUUUCAAAUUUCUACUUAAGGACAAAUAGUUUGAGAAUUUUGAAAUUAAGCAUGAUACCUAGAUUGCAUAGUUUGUUUUGCGUUUGCUAUAAUUUUCAAAAUUAUUUUUGAAGCAAGACAAAAGUUUGAUGUUGGUUUAAGUGCUUCAUUCAAUAUAUCAUGCUGACCAGAAUCCUGUUCAGUUAUUUUUAUAUGCAUUAUAAAAUUUCCCAUUUUUGCAUUAACUAAACGGGAAAAGGUCAAGCAAUAUUUAGAUGUUGGCGCACACAAGGAGUUGGCAGAUAACAAUAUUGGUUUUAUGAGGAAAAAGUGAUGUUCCAAAAUGAUAAGAUGUAUAACCAUUGCUCUGUGUGAUUACAAAUAGGACCAUCCAUUUGCAUAGCCUUGCAAGAGUGCCAUUUUAUUUUUAGUGCAAAAUUCUUGUUAAAAAUGUAGUUUUAUACAGCUGAUAGACCAACCUAUAUCCAAACUUUUAUAAAAGAUUAUUAACUAUUCUUGUUUUUUCACACAGGCAUACCCCAAAUGCUUCUGAUUCAUUUUCAGCCAUCAGUUCAAGAGCUAAUGCCUUUUUAAAAUAAAUCUUCUGUGGUCUUGUUUUUAAUGGCUCAACUGUUUUAUGCAAUUGAGUAAAGAUUUGCACUGAGAAGUUAUGGUUUAGGUUACCCCAUGAAGUAUUACUAUUAACGUAUGUUCAGUCUGCUUCCUUCCACCAAUGUGAACAACUCUUUUCCCCAAACAGUGUUAAAAAGCCACUUUACAACACCUGACUUCAUUUAAUGCACAUUCACUGUUACAUACAUACCUGAGUAAAUCAAAGUUUUGGGUGGAAGUGUUGAGAAGUGUGAAUUUUUUGUUGCUUGUUUUGUUUUACCUACAACAUUAAUUUAUCCAGAAUGGCAGCUUUAGCAGAUGGUCACAAUCCAUUUUCUAAAUCAGUUUUUAUUACAUGAAUCCAAAGUAUCCUAGCUCUCUGUCAAAGAUGAUCUAGAGAAGUGUUUCUCUGUCAAAGAUGAUCUAGAGAAGUGUUUCAAAUGAAGAGUGAUGCUGUACUUUUUAAGUUGUUGCAAUAUUAGAGAUGCUAUUUUCACCUUUUUUUAAAGAUGCAUUUUGUUUGCAGGUUUGUGAAGUUCUUGGAAACUAAUACUACAGGAACAUUUUUAGUACAUUCUCAGGCAUGUCUGCACAUAUGGCACAUGUAUACAUGUUAGGAAAUUUUACUUUUCUUAAUCUUAUCUUUUUAAAGUAUGCCUAAUGAAAGACAUUCCACUAUUAUAAUACAUAAUGCUCAGCUUUUCAUGAACAAAUAUUUAACACACUUUGUUCUUCAUAAUGCAGCCACUAUAACUUGAUAAGUCAUUGCACUACUUUAAAAUUUUUAGUAAUAUCAUGAAUUUAAUUUGCUUUAAGAUUUAGUACAUUUCAUAACUCUUGAACUCUUUAACAAACUGCAUUGGGAAAAGAAGCCUUUGUUAAUACUUAGUUUCCCCCACCCUAUACCCACCCUCAGCAAAGCACUAUUAUUUUCAUCUGAAAUGAUAUUGUUUUAUAAUGUGUUUUCAAAUAGAGUUCAGAAUCUGCAACUCAGUUCAACACAAGUGUGUUGAGCUUUAAAAUGUAUUUGAAUAUUUAAAUAGGCAUUUAAAAUUAUGAAUUAGAUGUUUUUAAAUUUAUGCCUAGUAAUUUUUGCACUGUAAAAUAAUUCCUUUUCCCAUUCCCUGUCUGCCAUUCUGAAUAUGCUUAUUAAAAUAUUUUUUUAAACAUA